AUGUCCGCACAGCGAUCCGAACAGGAAAAGUCUGUCAGAGCAAAGAUAUUUCAGCCCGAAAGCAGGAUGCCGAAAGCGAGGAGACUGCUCUAUUCACAGCCACAUCUCAGAACUCGUCCUGGAGGUUCGAAGACGUUGGUGAUCAUUCACCUCAUGUUUGGAAUGACUCCAGACUGGGGAGGGAAACCCUUCGGGAUUGCUCACUAUCUGUGUGUGCGGACAGCAAGCGACAUCAUGAAGAACGCUACGAUAUUCCUCUACUACAAGCAUGAACCCCAGGGAAAGUGGUGGAAGAAAGCAAAACAACUUUUGCAGCCAAUUCGCGUUGAUCCUGUCGUGAAGGUUUCAGACCUUCUCAGGUUGCAGGCCUUGCGCGAUCUCGGAGGGAUUUACAUGGACAUCGACGUCAUUACUAUCCGCUCUUUCGCGCCGUUGAUGAAGGAUAACUCGUUUGUGAUGGGGCAAGAGGGGGAGAAAGGAGUCUACGGAUUAUGCAACGCUGUAAUGCUGUCAUCGCCCAACUCAACUUUUGUGAACUUGUGGAUUCGUCACUAUGCGGAAGCAUAUGACCCAGCAAUCUGGAGUAUGCAUUCAGUCAAACUUCCGAGCAUUCUCAGCCAUUUAUAUCCCUCAGAGAUCACUCAGGUGAAUGAUAAAGUCUUCUUCUAUCCUCUCUGGGACAAAAUCGACUACUUGUUCACCGGACACGGAGAAACAUUUCCUCGCAACAUCGCGAUGCAUCUUUGGGAGUCUCUGUCGUGGGACAAGUACAUUUCAAGGCUCAACUUCGAUUAUAUCAUGAACGUCGACAACAACUUUAACAAUCUAGUGCGUCCCUUCCUCAAAGAGGAGACAAGAGGCAAAGCCUGA